AUAACUCGAUAGCAACGAGUAAAAUUCUUGAUAACACAGUUUGUCCAUACAUGGACAACAAAUAACAUCUACCUGUUCGAAGUGAAAGAAAUAGUGAAACUUAAAAAAAAACGGUAAUAAAGGUAUCCCAAAAUGGCGGACAUAGGACAAGAAAAUAAAGGAGUUGAUAAUCCUGGAGCUACUACAGACGACGGGACACCUGCGAGACCAGACUUAGUUAUCAGUGUACAGCCAAUGCAAGGAACAGCUCGUGCUCAGUUACCAGUGCCCACUGUGGACUGGCGUACCAACAACCGAGGGCAGUUCAUCCCCAUACAUGGACUGGAGUUCCUCAUCGGCGUCUCCAGCCUGCUCAUACAACAAACAGUGGAACUGAAUGAUCUGACAUCAAAAAUCGAGUCAGAAAACAGAUACAUAGUGCGAGUACCCAAUGGGGAAGCUUUAUAUAUAGCGAGCGAGACCUCAAGUUCCACGCAGCGAUGCCUCUGUGGGACAGGUCGAGCCUUCACUCUUCACCUACAUGACAACACCAGGCAAGAAGCCAUGGUGUUCAGUAGACGACUAGCUGCUGCAUCGUGUUGCUUUCCUUGCAGAUUACAGGAGAUAAAAGUGGUGACGCCACCAGGAGACUACGUGGGUCGUGUCCAACAACAAUGUACUUGGAUGAUACCGUUCUUCAAAGUCAAGGACGCCAACGAACAGGUGCUGUUCGCUAUCGAAGGACCAGGUGUGCUGCUGAGGAGUGCUCUCAUUAUUUCUGAGUUCAGGAUAAUGACCAGUGACUGCCUACGCCAGGUGGGCAAGAUAGCCCACGGUUGGGAUAGAGACCUGAACAGCUUCACCACAACGCUGCAAGUACCUGACGCCGCUGUGCAGCCGAAACACAAAGCUUUGCUGUUAGCUGCUGCCUUUCUUCUGGAAUACACAUACUUCGAAAGGUCUAAGACGAGUUGUUGCAGAUUUAAUUGUUGUUAGAUAUAUAUAAAUGUAAUAUUUUUUAAGAUGUAGAUAUUAUUUAUACUUUAUUUUGUAUAGUUUAAAAAGCUGGUCUAAAUAUGUUAACGGUUUUAUUAAAAUU